CAUCGUGGUUGUUGGCGCCUCUCAGGUGUUCCGGCGUGGUACAUUCUGUAGCUGGAAAAGAGGAAUCCUUGCUCCAGAAUCCAUCUCAUCCGCUGGAAGUUCGUCCGCCUGUGACCUCCGACGUGCAGAACGAGCAAGCGUCCACUAGUGGCUUGUUUGCCGGCAAACUGCGAAGCUAGCGAACCUUUUGUGCACGCGGUACCUGGUGCAUGUCUCCAGGCCAGUGAUCAACGAUCAGCUAUCUCGACGGGUGCGCUAGAAAGGGUUUUGUUUUUGAUAAGCAAAAGAGCACUUUGGAGGAAACCUCUUUUAACUGAGGCAAAAGUAGAAGGAGUUAAACAAACCGACAAAACAGAUAAAAAUGGCACCGAACGCAACGGUAGAGGCAACGGGUGUCCUGAACGAGGUGGACGCCGAAACGAUCGACGGUGGGCUGGCGAAGGAUGUGACGCCGCUGAAGCGCGCGGAAAAGCGCAAGAUCAAGCUGGUAUGGCGAAACGUGCUCGCCUUUGGCUACCUCCAUUUGGCCGCCGUCUACGGUGCCUGGUUGAUGCUGACCUCGGCCCGCUUGUACACGAUUGCAUUCGCGUUUGUACUGUACGUCAUGUCUGGACUGGGCAUUACGGCCGGCGCCCAUCGUCUGUGGGCCCAUCGGUCGUACAAGGCGAAGCUGCCCCUGCGCAUCAUUCUGGCCAUCUUCAACACGAUCGCGUUCCAGGACUGCGCGCUCCACUGGGCCCGCGACCACCGGGUGCAUCACAAGUACUCGGAGACCGACGCGGACCCGCACAAUGCGACCCGCGGCUUUUUCUUCUCGCACAUCGGCUGGCUGCUGUGCCGUAAGCACCCGGAAGUCAUUGCCAAGGGCAAGCAGCUGGACAUCGCCGAUCUGGAAGCCGAUCCUGUCCUGCGCUUCCAACGCAAACACUACAUGCUGCUGAUGCCGCUUGCUUGCUUCAUCCUGCCCACCAUCACGCCCGUCUACUUCUGGAACGAGAGCUGGACCAACGCGUGGUUUGUCGCUACCCUGUUCCGCUGGACAUUCAUUCUGAACGUGACCUGGCUGGUAAACAGCGCUGCCCACAAGUGGGGCGAUAAGCCGUAUGAUAAGAGCAUUUCGCCCUCGGAGAACCGCACGGUGGCAUCGUUCGCGUUCGGCGAAGGAUGGCACAACUAUCACCACGUGUUCCCGUGGGACUACAAGACGGCCGAGCUGGGCAACUACCGGAUGAAUCUGACGACGGCGUUCAUUGACUUUUUCGCCAAGAUCGGCUGGGCGUACGAUCUGAAGACGGUCUCGCAGGAGAUCGUGGAGAAGCGCGUCAAGCGCACCGGCGACGGUAGUCACGCGACCUGGGGCUGGGGCGACAAGGACCAGGACCAAUACGAGGUGCAGCAUGCGACCAUCAUCAACCAGAAGGAGGAUUAGGGACGCACGUUUCGCGUGGCCUAAUGAGCAUGGGAAAAAACAGUAGGAUAUUGUGCGGGGGGAAUAUCAUGCGCUCUUUUAGAAAAAGGCAGUAGUGAUACGGGAAACACAUGGGUGGCGCUCCUUGUGAUAGGAAUGAAAUCGAAUUUGGAUCGAGAGAGAGAGAGAUAGAGAGCAAAAGUACGAUAAAACUUCGAGCUGUGUGUGAGUGUAUGUGUGAAAGAAGGAAGUAAGAUACUCGAAGUAGGAGAGAAAGAUGAAGAUAACAUCAAAAGGCUGGUUCACAAAACACUACACUAAACUAUUAUAGCGAUAUCCCCAAAAAUGAUCCCCACAAGAACAAAAACACGCACCAUACACUUAUCAUCAACAUUCACAUCAACAGCCAUACACACUGCAGACAACUUACAUGGUAACUGUAAAUUUUGGUUUAAGAAAACGUAUCUUGUAAUUUUGGUUUUCCCCCUCCUCCCUCUUGUGCGGUACAACAAAAGGCGUACAACGUGCUGUUUGUGGAAAUGGAAGUGGUCCAAGCUUGUCACCCCUUUGUACGCGGGACGGAAUAAGGAUUGUAGGGAGAGAGAUAGAGAGAGAGAUAAGCGGGAGGCGAAAAAAACAAACGGAUAGCUAGCCUACUAGCACAUAGAUACAGGAUUAUCUAUGCCAUUGUCCAUCCCAGUAAGUGAUUUUUAAUGCCUUUUGUCACAGAAAAGCCAAACUCCGAUGAGCGCAGCAGCUCGAAUUUUCCAAUAGGCAGCAAGAACUAGCGUUGUGGAUCCUUGUUCCCCUGAGCCAAGCGGCGAUGAACAGUAGCAAGGGUGGGGAGGCCACACGGAGUCGACGGAACACCGGCGAAGCGAAGAAAGCGUGUGACACACAAGGACAGUGUGUUAGGAGAGGGUUUAGUUUUCUGAAUUACUUCAGUUGUUCGCCCCACAUGUUAGAAACGAAAUAAGAUUUGUUUUUUUUUCCAGUAUGUUUAGAACGAGAGAAUAAGAGAUCUGUGGUUUAUAGAAUAUAUAAUAUUGGGGAACGAAAAGUCAGGGGACUGAAAAGAAAACAAACGGGGGGAUAGAAUCAACCAGGAAAAAGGGUCAGAAACGGCAACCAAAAGGUCGCGCUGCUGCGUUUGGGUUCGAUUUCAAUUGUGUAGACUUAAGUUAGUUUAUUUAUUGUUUCCCUCCCGCGCGCUCUGGGACACGAUUCAAUAUAAACGAUCCCGAUUCGUUGUCGCCUGUACAAGUGGCGAACAGUAAA